AUGUGGUGGUGUGUGCAGGUGGUGGCUCAUGUCCGUGACCAAGUGAUUGGGGUGUCGUCGUCGGAGGUGUUUAAUAAUACCUCAGAAGAAGACUUUCCUGCCGGGGUGUGUCUGGGGGCGUCUGGAGAGGGUCAAGUGUCUUUCACUGGCUCCAUCACGGCCUUCUCCAUACUGGUGAAGGAGAAGGGGUCAGGUGGGGUCAUCCUGCCCACCGACUGUACCAACUUGGUGCCCCAGGAUGUUCUGUUGGCCCUGGACCCCUCCUCGUGGGCCUCCUCUGGUGACGUCCUCAUCCUCCAUUAUGAUGCUGCUCUACUCUGCGCCGAGAUCUUCACUACACUUCUGCUGCCGUUCAAUGUGGGACAGAUUGGCCACCUCGACCUGUGUAAAGUGCUAAGCGGACGCUUCCCCAGCGUCCAAGAAGUCGAGACCACAUUUGUGGAUGUUAAUCAGAUGUUGAACAGCUCUUGCGUCACCGACGGUAAAGUCCUCGCUUGGGUUGGCCACAAUACCUCAAACAAAGGGAUAAGGACAGUGUGUCCAGUUCUCCUAACCAACGGUACUGUUGGAAGCCGUCCCUGUGUCAGUAGCCUCAAGUGUUUCCUGUGCCUGGUGCCCGCAGCCACCAGGUUCCUGGUGUUCGGCGCCCUCAGUGGACUGGACCGCGCGUACACCGUGACGGCCACCCAGGACUGGGACCUACAACUAACGGGGGAAGAUACGUCAGAGAUCGUGCGGGAAGGAGACGAAUGGGUGAUCCGCUCUAAGUUUCACAACAAUGAAUGGCGCCUAAAGGGAUCCCCACUGCCAGUAGGACGCUGGAUGUGGGAGACCCGAGGCAUUAAAGACCAGUUUACGUUGACGCCCUGUAGUAAGAAACAGUUUUCCUGUGAUCACGGUCAGUGCAUCCCCCGGGACCAGCUUUGUGACGGCAUAGAACACUGUAGCAAUGACAGCGACGAGAGGAAUUGUGAGAUUCUGGAGCUCCCUAAAGGGUACGACAACAACACCAGACCGUUUGCUGGGGACAAAGAGCUGGGAGAGAUAACUUAUGAUGUAGGCAUAUAUUAUAUCAGCGAUAUCACCACUCUGAAUAGUCAGGUCACGUUGGACAUGUAUCUCCAACUUCAGUGGUAUGACAAGCGCCUGAAGUACUGGAACUUGAAGCAUAAUGACCAGCAAGUUGACUGUAAGAAUAUUUGGAUUCCCUUAGUGUCUGCCUUAGCUGGUUACAAGUCAGGGAUGACCUACGACACAGAUGACUACGCGUCCUCGUGUGCUGUGUUAGUGGCUGCAGGGGAAGACGUCAAGGAGCUCCAACAGCAGUCAUUUGAUGACCCCAUGAUGGGUGCCUACCUCACCGGGCCAGACGUUACAAUAUCCUUCUUUACCGAAACAAGACUGACAGUCCCCUGCAAGUUCCAGCUCCAGCGCUAUCCCUUUGGUUCCCAGAUAUGUAACAUCACCUUUUACUUAAGGAUGGAGAAUGGAUUAAUUACAUUUAAGAAAAAGGACGAAACCACCGUUCUGGAAUACACGGGGAGUACAGACCUGCUCGAGUACAGACUGUCGAAUCUGACGGUCGAGACCCCUCACGAUUAUGGAGACGGUUACAACUAUUCCUACAUCGUGUUGUCAUUACAUCUGGAGAGUCUGUCAGAAUACCAUAUCCUCAACAGCUUUGCCCCCAGCGCCCUCGUGUUCCUUAUAUCCUUAUCAACGCUGUUCUUCCCUCUCAAAGACUUCAAUGAGAGGGUAAUGGUCUCCCUCACCUCUCUCUUGGUAUUGUCUGGCUUCUUCGCUAACACCGGGAACUCCAGCGUCAGAACCCCUUACUUCAAACUCUUGGAUGUGUGGUAUGCGUCUCUUAUUCUCCUGAGCUUCAUUGUGGUCAUCGCUAACGCCAUCGUUCACUCCCUGGUUCAGAGGACAAACACGGUGGCUGUCAAGAGCAUUCAGUCUAUGGAUGGCUGGUGCAAUGAAGUCCAGCAACAUGAUGAUAGAAAGGCCAAUAUCUGCAAUAACGUGAUCAUUAUUAUCCUCGUCCUCAUUUUCUUAGCUGUGAUAGUCGUUUUUGUCCUAAUUGCUCUUCAGGUUCUGUAAGUUAGUUACCCCCUCAAAUAAAUAACUGUUUGAAGAAAGGUAAAAGAAAACGGUACCUUGAUGGAAACUGUAGACAUUGAUUUAACCCUUUGAGGAUUAUGACUUAAGUAAAUAACCCCUCGAGGACGAUGACUCAACUAACCCCUUGAGGACGAUGACUUAGCCCCUUGAGGACGAUGAUUUAUCUAACCCCUUGAGGAC